AUGGUUGGUGAGACAAAUGUUCUCGGAAAAGAUUAGUGGGUAAUUUUCCCUUAUUUCUACAUCUUUCCUCUUUGCAGUUUGGUCUACUCAGAAUUCGGAAAUCAACCCAAGGAGGACCAUCGUCUUCUCCACAUCUCUGUUGCCUGCAAAUCCUGCUUUCUCCCAGCCACCGACGAUGCAGUUCACUCUGAACCCCUCCAAGAAGCCCUCAAAGCCUCCCGCCAAGCCCGUCUCCAGAACAUUCGGUUUUGGCGGCGGCGAGGAUGGCCACGGCGAGCCGGCGCCCUCCAAACCUACAUAUGUCACCGAAUUCGAUCCCUCCAAGGACCCAACCGACGCCAAACCCCAGGUCUCGAUCAUCCCCCCGAAGCCCAACGAAUGGCGCCCCCACAAGAAGAUGAAGAACCUCGACCUUCCGCUGCAGGCGGAACCCACCGUCGACCUCAACAAGUUCGAAUCCCAGCCAAGAACCCUGGACGACGAGGCCAACGCCUCGUCCGUUUCCUAUGGUCUCACCCUGAGGAAGGGUGGCAGCGACGGCAAUAGCAGUAACGGGCAGCCUGCCAAUGAAAGGAUCGAGCCCGAACAGCCGAGAAAGUUUGCGUCUUUGGAGGUGCAGAGAUUGAAUGAGGACCUGGAAGGUCUUGGGGAUGACCCUGGCUUUGAGGACAUGCCCGUGGAGGGAUAUGGGGCGGCAUUGCUUGCAGGGUACGGCUGGCAGGAGGGCAGAGGCAUUGGGAGGAACUCUAAGGAGGAUGUCAAGGUUAGGCAGUAUGAGAGAGGAGUUGGUAAGGAAGGUCUAGGGUUUCAGCCCGAUAAGAUACAGCUCCGAGACGAGGCCAAGGAACGUGGUAGGGGGCGAAACCAGCGGAGAGAUGAAGGGAGGUCUUCGGUAAAGAGGGAUACAGGGGUUUCCGUGGGGAAGGAGAUCAGGAUUGUUGGGGGGAGUGAAGAUAGUAUUGUGGGUUUAAAGGGAGAGGUUUUAGAUGUUGUACGUGGAGGUGAGGCGGUUGUUUUGAGGCUUUCGCAGAGUGGAGAGGAGGUUAGAGUUAGGGCAGAGGAUGUUGCCGAAUUGGGUUCUAGAGAGGAGGAGAAGUGUUUGAAGAAGCUGAAGGAAAUGAAAAUUAGGAAUGAUAGCAAUGGUGGAAGUAGGAAAAGAAGAAGUAAAGAGGUAAAGAGAGCUAGCAGUGAUGGAAGUGGUAAUAAUGUCAGGUGGUUGACGAAUCACAUUAGGGUGAGAGUAAUCAGCAAGGAUUUGAAAGGAGGGAGGCUUUACAGGAAGAAGGGGAAGGUAUUGGAUGUCGUCGGACCCAUGAGUUGCGAUCUCUUGAUGGAUGAGACCAGGGAACUUAUUCAGGGUGUUGAUCAAGUGCUUCUCGAGACUGCUCUUCCCAAGCGAGGGGGGCCUGUUUUGGUGUUGUCGGGCCGUUACAAGGGUGUUCAUGGGAGCCUUGUGGAAAGGGAUUUGGAUCGAGAAACUGGUAUUGUUCGCGACGCUGAUACUCAUGAGCUGUUCAAUGUGCGGCUUGAGCAGAUUGCUGAGUAUGUGGAAGAUCCCAGUUUAGUUGGAUAUUGAGUGAGUUGAUGUGUUGCAGUGUGAAGCAGUCAAAGGAAUGAGCCACCCUUCGUGUAACAGGAGCGUGUGGAUCUACUUGGUGAAUGCCAAACAGAGAGCGAUGUGGCUCAAAUUACAAAAGGCAGUAUUAUUGGAGAACACUGCCAAAAGUAAAUGCUGCAUAUGAGAUAGGCUUGGGUGGUUAUGUUUGACAUGUUUGAUGAUAUUACAGUUGGAGCAGUGAUAGGUUUUUAGAGCAUCAGCAGAAGUCGAUGAGAUCUUAAGGGAUAGGUCAUGAUCAUGAAAGAAGACAUGUUGCCUUUUAGCUGUGCUAGAAAAACCUAGGCAAUCUGAGGGAGUAUCUUCAACCCCGGCCAAUCAGUGCGACGAGAAUUUUUUUAAAAUGCAGAGUGCAACAUCCCCUGAAACUCCCCAUUUUAACUGACUACCCGGCUGAACUGAUCUGGUGUAUAUCUCAUGUGGAUGAGAAAAUUUGUUGUGUUCACAGAGCCUGUUGAAAGUUAACAUCCUGUUUCUACAAACCCUAAAUUUUGACGUUAUGGGACGAUUGGUUCAAUCUUCAUCUACUUUGCAUCAUGGUCAUAAUGCAGUCUAUGGAUUUCCCAAUUACUCUGGCGUUCAUCAUGGGCAGCAACCAUCAAGUGAAACUGCAGGUAGACCAUGUCUGGUUCUGUCCUUGACCGAGGGAGGAGCAUCGACCGUUGCUGGUGGCAACGCCUUCGAUGGAGGAUUCGGUUUGUUUUCUUUUUAUUCUUAAUGAAUGAUUAAAUUGAACAGCUCUUGGAAAAUUAGAUGAGGGCUAUUUUAGAAGUUGGCUCGAAAUUCCCAGUCUGUUCCACUAUACCUGAUAAGGUUUCCGAGUUAAUUUAUGCAUACCAAAUGCAACAAAAGUGUAUGAACUCUCUGCCGGUGUGAGGUUGGUCUAAGUCUCACAUUUGGGAAUCAAGUUCUAUCAAAUUCUGGUCCUGACUCU